UUACAAAAAUUUGCCUGAAAGUUCAAAGGUCAUAGCAGGCUCUAAUAAGUGUCAUUUUUGAACAAUCUGAUCAACUAUCAUACUAACUUUUGCACUGGAUCGAUUACUGAAUUAACUGGGGGCAUAUACAUCACAUAUAAACCGAGCAAAGAUUCUCACAAGAACCGAGCAGAAGGUCUCCUUACAAUGUCAAAGAGCAUUCUACCUGCAAGUCAGCAAAAUACACCACUGCAAGCACGAUAAUUAUUUCAAAAGAACUUAAUUGGAUCAACUUCCAUCGACCCUCUAUAUACGUCGACCCUCUAUAUAUAGGAAUCCCAUCAAAAUAGUGAGCAGAUAGAAGCCAACAGAAAGGAGAAGUCUGCUGAGCUAGAGUCUCGACUAAAUUGGCUGGAAUCACGGAAUGCUCAACUUAAUCAAGAAUUGGAAUGCGUGGGAGGCGAUACUUCCGCAGUAGUUCAAGCACUUCAGGAAGAAUCCCAAGCAAUGCACGCUGAUCUGGACAGGAUCCGGACUGAGAGAAAUGAGUUGAGGCAAAGAGCUGGUCAACUGGAGGAGCUCGAUAAAAAAUACAACAACUCUCAGCAGAAAAUUAUAUUUCAACAAGCUCUCCUGGAGAACAAACAGAAGGAGUUGGAUGAUUUACGAAGAGAUAUGCCUCCUUUAAAGGUAGCCAUCCAAAAGCACAGAACAGAUUUGAUUCACAUUAGCAAGCAAAGAGACGAAGCUAAAAGUGAACUGGAUUUGUCAAAGCAAACAAUGCAAAUCUACGAAGACGACUUUAGAUCUGAGAGGGAAGACAGAGAAAAAGCUCACUCUAAAAUAGCUGAGAUGGAAACACGGUAUGUUAAGAAACUCGAGUCAAUGACCAAUGAGCUCCAAACCAAAGCAAGAGAACUACAAGCUGCUGUGACAACUCACUCUGAACUGAAGGCUCGAUAUGAUGCUGAGGUCACUCAACUAAGGUUUGACUUGAGGGAGAAGAAUAAUCAGAUCCAUCACUACGGCCAGAAAGCCCAAAAACUCGAGGAGGAUAUUCAGGCAAAGACGGCUCAAGUAACGCAGUACGAGAAACAAGUGGACCAGUUCAAAAACCAGGUGGAGACUAGGAAAGAACAGGCACAGAUACUCCAAGCUCAGGUGGAAUCAAUCGUCACACAAACUGAUCAUUUAGUGAAAGAGAACAAGAAACUGACGUACGAGAACCAACAGCUGAUUGGACGUCUACGUCAAUUGGAGGAUAUCCAGAGUCAAUGUCGUCGGUUACAGGAGCAGCUUGACAAGCGUCUGCAAAGUAUCGAUGACCUCACUAUGAAGAAUACGAUGCUAUUGUCCGAGCUAGAGGUGCUCAAGAAAAAGGGUGUAGUCUCAUUGGAGAAUAUUAAUUGAAAUUUAUAUCUGUACUUGUGGUAUACUGAACUAUUAUUUUGCCUUAGAAUAGUGUAUAUAAUAGAACCUCUAUUGCUGCAUGUGA